CUCGGUCGAUGUGAACUCCAGUACAUACUCGCGCAGCAUCUGCUUCUUUUCUCCUGUGCAUCCCCGGCUUCUAUCUCACCACAUAUCACGGCAUACUGCUCUCUAUUGACUCUCUUUGGUGUUCUUCACAGAGGUCGCUAGCUGGUCUACCACCGAUCGCAGCUGCUCACGCCAUGUCAGACGCAUUUGCCGAUCUCUGGAGCUCGACGGGGGCAUCCAAGCCUGCUGAACUCCCUCGGAAACUAGGUGCGAUGGCCGCGGCAGCACCUAUGUCAACCGCGCAGCGCAAGCCGCAAAACGACGUCUUCUCUAUGCUCGCAGCCGCAGGUUCGUCGUCAUCAGUCAAUGCUCGCACCUCCAACCCGUCCCAGCCAACCUCGCUCGGAGGUAGCGCUUCUGCGCGGCCUGUCCAGAAGGCAAACAGCACUGGAUUCAACACCAGCGGAAUGGGAGGCGGAGAUGUGUUCAGUGGACUGCUCUCGGGAUCACUCUCUUCCGGGCCUUCCUCGAAUGGCGCGAACCUCACGAUUGCUCAACGGGCUGCUCUCGCGGCGCAAGAGAAACAGGCUCGCGCAGCGCACACUAAGCCUUCAGUACACAAUGCUCAUGCCUCCAAUGCUUGGGCUGGUCUCGAUGCAUUGGGAGGCAGCUCUUCGAUUACUCCAUCUUCCAAGCCCGCGACGCCAUCGCACGAUCCCUUAGACGACCUCGGAUUCGGCUCCUUCUCCAGUGUGCCGUCCUCUUCGCAGAAGUUUCCUGCUGAAGACGACGACUGGCUCAGUGGGCUUGCCGCGAAACCCCCCGCCGCCCCUACGUCGAAGCCGAAGCCGAGCACCACCACUUCUACCGCUCAAAGCCUGCUCGAUUGGGAUGAAUUCGAGUCAAGCCCUCCCGCAGGCCCUUCGGUUACCCAAAGCACUUCGCAGGGCGAUCCGCUUGGCGACUUCGACUUCGGAAACAGGGAGGACGGGCUCUUGGGCAACCACUCAGGUGACGAGGAUGACAUUCUCGGUGACUUAGGCAAGCCUGUAGAACAGUUGCAGGUGCGGCGCUCUGAGCGUAAUACCCCGUCUCCUCAGCCUCCGCAGUCCGGGCAGCGAUCGCGCGCUGUAUCCCCGCCUCCGCAUCUGCUCGGUCAGAUCGUCGAGAUGGGCUUCUCCGUGCAACAAGCUCGCAUUGCGCUCGCAGCUACCGACACCGGCCUUGACGUCCAGGCCGCCAUUGAGAACCUCCUCGCGAACGGGGCCGCCUCCUCUCCCGCACCCGAACAGCAGGAAGAGCGCCGACGGAGAGCACAGCGCGAACCGGGGCACGAGCGGUACUACGGUUCAGACGGGGAAGACGAUGGCCUCCGUCAGCCCCAGCGUCGCCCUGCCGCUCGUCCCCCACAGCAGCAGCAGCAGCGGCCUGCAAGAGAGCGCGUGGAACAGAACGGGACUUCGCCUUCGUCGGACAGCCAAAGAAACUUGCAGGAGCAGGCGGACAAGUUCAUUGCGCAAGCGAGCGAGAUUGGGCUGAGUAUGUUCUCGCGCGCGAACGCGUUCUGGAAGGAAGGCAAGGAACGUGUUCAGCGUGUGUACGAGGAACGAGCUGCUGCUGCCGCUGCCGCCGGAGCAGGAUCCUCGCGGCAGGGAUCUGCGGACAGCUCACGCAACAAGGCCAGGCCGAAGUGGAUGCAGGACGCGCCUGACGACGGGCAUGUGCCAGAGGAUGUCAAGGGAGGAAGUGCUGGUCGGUUCGAAGACUUCGACGACGAAGAGGCGUCUCAGCCUAGCCUUCCACAACGGAGGCAGCCCCCGCCACGCGCCAAGGAGCCUCCACAGCAGCCCGCGGAGAGCCCUGCGUCGCGCUUCAAGACAGCCAGUCUCUUCGCAGACGAUGCGCCGUCCGUCUACGUCUCGCCGUUCCGCCGCAAGACUCCCUCGCGCGCGCAGUCCGGAGCUUCAUCCUCGGCCCCUUCUCCUGCUGCUGCUCCGUCAAGGCCUACUCCACCCCGCGCCCCUUCCCCAGUUACGCUCACUCAGCGCACUUGUGUCUCCGCGUCGGCGUCUGCCAUCUCCGCCUCAGCUCAGCAGAAGGCCCUGGGCACAGAGAAGUUCAAGCUAGGCCAAUACGGCGAAGCUGAGGCAUUCUACACUGCCGCGAUCACCGCCCUCCCCGCGAAUCACCUCCUCCUCGUUCCCCUCUUCAAUAACCGCGCGCUCACUCGGCUCAAGACUGGGGAUGCCUCCGGGGCGAUCGAAGAUUGCACCGCCGUCAUCUCGCUCAUCGGGGAAGGGUACCACCCCGCGCGCGAGGCGAAGGUCACACGCGAGGACGAGGGCGCGGGCGUCGACCUCGCCGACGGGCUCGUCAAGGCUUACAGACGGCGCGCGGAGGCGUACGAGGGCAAGGAGAAGUGGGAUCUCGCUAAGGCGGAUUGGGAGUUUGUCGCCGGGUCGGACUUUGCGGGGCGCGCGAGGGCGGAGGCCGUCACGGGCAUCGGGAGGUGUCGUCGCAUGAUCAAUACUGAUGUCGAUACUGGGGCGUCGACUGCCACCGCCCCGCCCAGACCGAAGCCCGCUGUUACGAAGCAAGCCCCGAGGCCAAAGGGGAGGGUACCGACGCCGCCGUCAGAGGCGCUGAACAGGGUGCAGGCACAGAAUCGGGCAGCGGAGGCGGAGGACCAGCAGAAGUACGAGCUCAAGGACGUCGUGGACGCGAAGCUGGGCGCUUGGAAGGCGGGCAAGGAGAACAACAUCCGCGCGCUGAUCGCCAGCCUCGACACGGUGCUCUGGCCGGAACUUGGGUGGCAGAAGGUCGGGAUCCACGAGCUGGUGAGCCCGAGCCAGGUGAAGAUUCGAUAUACGAAGGCGAUCGCAAAGCUGCAUCCAGACAAGCUCAAUGUAAGGAACACGACACUGGAGCAGCGGAUGAUCGCCAAUGGGGUGUUCGGAACACUGAACGAGGCUUGGAAUGCGUUCAAGCCAUGAACGUGUUGGGUAUUUAUGGAUUAUUAGGAUGCUACUCUUCUGUACUUGACAAAAUGGUGAAUGGGGCUGCACAGCUAGGACAUGUAGAGACUCUGUUUGGUCGUC